GCUCGGCCGGAAUGGCGGCGGCCGCCGCGCGGGGAUGGAGGGCAGUUUUGACGCAGUUCCAAAGCCACGUCUUUUCCAGGGUUACACAUCAGCCCGGUAUGGCUCCCCGGAUCGUAAAUAUUAAGGCGCCGAACAGGCAGUAUGCCGCCGCCGCUGCUGCCAAGUCAAAAUCCAAGCGGAAGCCCCAGGAAAAGUCAUCGGGUGGGCAAAAAGACGGACCCCCGAAGCAGAAGGCCUACCCUUUUAUGGAGGGCGAGCCCGCCGAUGACGUCUACCUGAAACGCUUGUACCCGAGGCCGAUCUACGAGGCGGAGAAAGCCGUCCACCUGCUCAAGAAAUUCCAAGUUCUGGAUUUCACGUAUCCCAAACAAAUGGUCUAUCUGGAUCUGACCCUGGAAGUGACUCCAGGGAAGAAGAAGAAAAAGGCAGAGCCAUUUUCCAGUGUCCUGAAUUUUCCAUAUCCAUUCACUUCAGAAAUCAAUAAAGUUCUUGUGUUUUCGGAGAAAGCAGAAGACAUUAAAGUAGCCGAAGACAACGGAGCUGCAUUUGCAGGGGGGACCGAACUAGUUCAAAAGAUCUUGGACGAUGAAAUCCAGGCAGACUUUUACGUAGCCGUGCCAGAAAUUGUGUUAAAGCUGAAUCUUUUACGGCGGAAACUGAAGAACAGAUUUCCCAAGAGGAGUCGGAAUUCCAUCGGACGGGACAUACCCAAAAUGCUCGAACUCUAUAAAACCGGCCACGAGAUUGCAGUCAAGGAAGAAAGGGAGAAUUUUCUCGAGACCCGAAUAGCAACCCUGGAUAUGCCGACGGAACAGAUAGUUGCCAAUCUGCAAGCCGUACUCACCGAUGUGGACAGACAUAAACAGGAGAACGUAGGACCCUUUGUGGCGCGGGCUUUCCUCCGAAGCGCAACCAGCGAAGGCUUGCUGCUGAAGGUCGACCAGCGUCUACCACGAGGAGAGGAGGAGGAAGACGAGGCCGAAGAGGAUGACGAAAGAUAGAAAGGAACAGCCUAGACCGGCGGGCACGGGGGAACGAUUGCCCAUCUGUCCGGUCACCACCUCGGAAAUGAUCUCGUGGGGCGGGAAAAGCUCACACGCUUCAAGUCCGCGACGGUGAAGCCAACAACUCGACGAUUUGGUUGCGAUUUUCUGAUUUGCCAGACCCCUACUUGUAAACGACGUGGUACCUCGCGUCGAAUUGCGGGGAGAGCGGCUUACUGGCCUCAGUCUCCUCAGUUUCCUCCUCCUUUGACCGUGAGCCCCGUGCGGGAUGGGGACUGUGUCCAACCUAAUUAAGCCGUAUCUACCCCGGUGCUCA